UGCUCCAUCUGGCCGAAAGAUCCCACUCUACUCUGUUGCUCAUAGCCGGGCAGGUGAUAAAGGAAACGACAUAAACUUCUCACUAAUCCCACACUAUUCCCCUGAUAUCGAUCGUCUGAAACUCAUCAUUACUCCUCAAUGGGUUAAACAUGUGAUGUCAGUUCUGUUAUCAACCUCUCCGUUUCUUGAAACCGAUGCAAAACCAAUCGAUGAAAAUGUGUCUGUAGAGAUAUAUGAUGUUAAAGGCAUUCAUGCUUUGAAUGUUGUCGUACGGAACAUAUUAGAUGGUGGAGUCAACUGUUCCAGGAGAAUCGAUCGACACGGAAAGACAAUCUCAGAUCUCAUCUUGUGUCAACAAGUUGUGUUGACCUGACAUGGGUUGCACCACCUCAAGACAGUUGGCUUAAAGUAACGUUCCUUAAUGGGUUGAAAUUGUCAGAAACCAGAACCCUUCUUUUGCUCAACUCCAAUCACGUUGCCACCCAAUUUUAUCUCGUUGGUUUUGCAAAAUCAAAAAAGAGAGAGAAAAAAAAAAAACUUGCUCCGUUACAGCCUCACAAUUGCAACAAGGUUUCGUAUAAAAGAGGACAGAAGUUUCGCAGGUUCCUCCUUUGUCUGAGGUAAAGGUUUCCUUCUUUAACUAAUUCCUCAGAUGACCUCUUGAUUUGAUUAAAAUAAAUUCUAACCUGUUUUAAUCAGGAUCUUGGAGAAGGAAACAACAACAAAAGAAAAUCAAAAACAAAAAAAAAAACAGAAAAAUGUCUUUCACAGGAACUCUCGACAAAUGCAAUGCUUGCGAUAAGACAGUGUAUGUGGUGGACAUGUUGUCCAUUGAAGGGAUGCCUUACCACAAGUCUUGCUUCAGGUGCACCCAUUGCAAAGGAACCCUUGUGAUGAGCAACUAUUCCUCCAUGGACGGAGUCUUGUACUGCAAGACUCAUUUUGAGCAAUUGUUCAAGGAGUCUGGCAAUUUCAGCAAAAAUUUUCAACCAGGAAAAACUGAGAAGCCUGAGCUGACUAGGACUCCCAGCAAGAUAUCUUCCAUCUUCUGUGGAACACAAGACAAGUGUGCCGCAUGCGAAAAAACUGUUUACCCUCUUGAAAAGGUACAAAUGGAAGGAGAAUGCUUCCAUAAGACAUGUUUCCGGUGCGCUCACGGUGGCUGUACGCUCACUCAUUCCUCUUACGCCUCCCUAGACAGCGUUCUCUAUUGUCGGCAUCACUUUAACCAACUCUUCAUGGAGAAAGGAAACUACGCUCACGUGCUCCAAGCGACGAACCACCGUCGCACAGCCUCAGGCAACAUUCUUCCUGCAGAGGCUACGGAAGAUAUCGCAGUGGAGACCAAGGAAGAAAACGGCGAUUCACAGUCUUGAAUAUAUAUCUCUUGUUGAGUGAGUGUUGUGUGAUUUGAUUUUUAUUUGUAAUGAGUUGUUUCCAUAAUCAAGAGUCCAGACAUGAUUUUUUUCUUCUUCUUUUGAUUCGUUGGUAUUAUUAUUGAUCACGUUAUAAUAUAUUACGGGCGAGAAAAGCAACAAAUAUGAUUUUUUGACAGAGUGA